AUGCUCCAUGCCUUCAAAUCAACAACAUCUCUGUGUUCAUUUAGCAGAAGCACCCAUCUUGUUCAAAGCAGAACCGUACUUGAACCACUCGAUCUGCUCAGAGUUGUAGGUGUGAGACAACUCGGUGGACCAAGCCUCACCGUUCUUAGGGUGGACAACCAUGGUCACUGGCUUGCCUGGAGCAAGGUCCUUCAAUCCAACAAGGUCAAUCUCGUCAUCUGGGUUGAUCUUGUCGUAGGCAGCAGCAUCAAUGAAGUUCAAUGGCAAAAGACCUUGCUUCUUCAAGUUGGUCUCGUGGAUUCUGGCAAACGACUUGGUGAUAAUGGCAAAUCCACCAAGGAAUCUUGGCUCCAAAGCAGCAUGCUCUCUGGAGGAUCCCUCACCAAAGUUCUCACCACCAAUAACAACCCACUUGAUACCGUGGUCUCUGUAGUAGGCAGCGGUUUCUGGCACACCAUGGUACUCACCAGUGUAGUGGUUCUUCACAGUGUUGGCCUUGCCGUUCUCAGCGUUGAUAGCACCAAUCAUGUAGUUCUGGGAAAUGUUCUCCAAGUGUCCACGGUACUUCAACCAAGGACCAGCCAUGGAAAUGUGGUCAGUGGUGGUCUUACCUUGAGACUUGAUCAAAAUUGGCAUGUUGACAGGGUCCUUUCCAUCCCAUGGCUUGAAUGGAGUAAGCUUUUGCAGUCUGUCAGAAGUUGGGGCAAUGUUAACCUCAACGUUGUCUCUGACCUCUGGUGGAGCUUGGUAAGUGUUCUCACCGGCGUCGUAUCCCUUUGGUGGGAGACCAACUCCGACAGGAGGCUUGAGCAUGAACUCGUUUCCGUCAGCAUCCUUCAACUUGUCAGUGAUUGGGUUGAAUCUCAAGUCACCAGCAAUGGCGUAAGCAACAACCAUCUCUGGAGAAGCAACGAAAGCGUGGGUAGCUGGGUUACCGUCGUUUCUCGAGGUGAAGUUUCUGUUGAAGGAAGAGACAAUGGUGUUCUUGUCACCCUUCUUGAUGUCCUGUCUGUCCCAUUGACCGAUACAUGGACCACAAGCGUUAGCCAACACCUUACCACCAAAGUCCUGGAAAGUCUUCAAUUGACCGUCUCUGGAGAUAGUAGCUCUGACCUGCUCAGAACCUGGGGUGACAGUGAAGAUGGACUUGGCCUUAAGACCGUGAGACUCAGCAUCUUGGAUGAUGGAAGCAGCUCUGGACAUGUCCUCAUAAGAGGAGUUAGUACAAGAACCGAUCAAACCAACCUUGACCUCCAAUGGCCAGUCCUGAGCAACAGAGACCUCCUUCAUCUUGGAGACUGGGGUAGCCAAAUCUGGAGUGAAUGGACCGUUGACGUGUGGCUCCAAGGUGUUCAGGUCAAUCUCAAUGACUUGGUCGUACUCACAGCCAGCGUCGGCGGAAAGGUAGUCCUUUUUGUAGAUCUUGGCAAAGUCGGCAAUUUGAGAUCUUCCGGUAGCGUUCAAGAAGUCAACCAUGGACUCGUUGAAUGGGAAAACGGAAGUAGUAGCACCAAUCUCAGCACCCAUGUUACAGAUGGUAGCCAUACCGGUACAAGAGAAGGUGUCGACACCGUCACCAAAGUACUCAACAAUGGAACCAGUACCACCCUUGACGGUAGUGAUACCAGCCAACUUCAGAAUGAUAUCCUUUGGAGAAGUCCAUCCAGACAUCUUACCGGUCAAUUUGACACCGAUGAUCUUUGGAGCCUUCAAUUCCCAUGGGAGACCGGCCAUGACAUCGACGGCAUCAGCACCACCAACACCAAUAGCCAGUUGACCCAAACCACCGGCGUUAGGGGUGUGGGAGUCGGUACCGAUCAGCAGUUCACCUGGGAAAGCAUAGUUCUCAAGAACGAUCUGGUGAAUGAUACCGGAACCUGGUUUCCAGAAACCAAUGUUGUAUUUUGCGCAAGCAGAAGCAAGGAAGUCGUAAACUUCCUUGUUCAAGCUGAUAGCUCUGGCCAAAUCAGCUGGACCCUCCUUUUGGGCCUGGAUCAAGUGAUCACAGUGCACGGUGGUUGGGGUAGCCACAGAAGGCAUGUUGGCGGACAUGAAUUGCAAGAUGGCCAUCUGAGCAGUAGCGUCUUGACAAGCAACUCUGUCUGGUCUGAGCUUCAAGUAAGAAACACCUCUCUCGAUGUCCUGUCCAUGAGGAUCGUCCAAGUGACCGUACAACAGCUUCUCUGCGUAGGUCAGAGGUCUGUUCAAUCUGCUCUUGACGAUAUCAAGGUUCUCCAGUUGCUUCUUGUAGUUAAUGAAGUUGUUCUUCUCCAACAAGUUCAUUCUCACUUUGGAGUCCUUGGUGAGGUCAGACACCGUAGCCAUGGAACGCGUAGCGCGUCUGCAUAUAGUGGUGGUCGUAUGCUGCUUAGCCAGACAACCGGUUUCUCCAUCCACAACGGCUCCAUUGCUGAUGCUGCCACCGCUGGUGCUGCACUGCCACUGUUCCUGCCGUCCCGCUGGCUCCGUACCGGGUCUUCCAAAAUAAAAUUAGGCCACCUCGCACCUCUGCAAAUACUCGAACUUUCUAGUACUUAUCUAGUAUGGACUAGAAUUAUCACGAGAUCAUACCUUGCUAGUAUAAAUUAG